CUUAGCUUCCCGUUGUCUUCCACGAGCUUGCUGCCAAUCUUCGCCUGUUUCCAGAAUCUGGCGCUGCGCGAUGAGCAAGCGACCGGCAGAAGAUUCGAUUCCCAGCCAACCACCUCCUGGUCUCUCUGCACAGCUGGGUACAACUUAUUGGACAGUAACUUCUCGUGUUUCGUGCCUCGACCUGGCCGCUCCGGAUCUUUGAUUGCGGCCAACUUGACUGGCAGGGCUGCAUCCCCUGAGGUAGACGGACCUACUAUGUAUGUGUUAUCGACGAGGCAUCGACGAGGCGAAGCAGACAGGGACGUUCUCUUCAUGAAUCCCAUCGCUUGAGUUCCAGGCCUCGUCAUUUCCGUGGCUCUUUCAGUGCGGCGAGGGACGGGCACUAGCGAGUUCCCUUUAGGCCUGGUGCUGCAGCCAAGGUUCCGGGCAUCGUUAGGCCCUGGCACGCUCGGGAACUGUGGCUUUCAGGCGUCAUGGGCGAACUCCGAAUCAAACGGCCGAUACUCGUGUUACCUAAAGACUCCACCUCUGAUCCUGCCAGCCAUCCGCCCCUCGCCGUGCCACAGGCGCGCCUUCUUAAAGCGUGACGUUUCGCAGGCUGGAGAUGGCAGGGUCUGGUAUGUUAGCCGGCAAAAUGCUGUAUCACGCUCUGGCCUGCAUACCGAGGGCUUCUACCACAGGGGAGGAUGGCAUAUCCGGCACCAUGUCAAGGUACCAAAGAGAUCAAAGGAGACGGAUUUUGCAGUGAUGGCUCCUUCUGCUGGCGAAACUCUACAGGCAGUCAAACAAUAAUAUCGCUUCCUGGUGGUCGCAACCACCUAGGUGGCAACGAGGCUCAUCAGGCUUGGGUGUGGUUACGUGCCAGUCUGCACUGCAGCCCGAUCGUUCGCCCAGAACGGGGAUUAAGCGGGAGCAGCCUAAGCGCAAGCUUUGUGCUUGUCACGUGAGCGACUCCCAGCGUUGACCCCAUCACAAACAAUCGAAAUGAGGCGUAUCUCGACAGGCAAAUAAUACCUAGGUACCUUUCCUGUAAGCUCUGACACUGGCAGCCGAUCAAUCGAUCAACCCGUCUCUUCUGCAUCACAAACACGCUUGGCUUGGCUGUUGACGUGAGUGACGGUUCUUGACAUCUAGCUUCCAUCCUUCAUCGCCUGUCGCCUUGCAGCACAACCAAAGCAUUGGCAGGUUGUACAUUUAGUCAGGGAGGCCACGCACGGCGUCAACCCCUUGUAUCACCCACACGGACUUGGUACAGAUUCCGCUGUCAUCACGAUUUCGACAACUGCCUGACAUGGCCACGCAUGUUCCCAUGUAGAGACAAUGCUUCCGCUGGCCUCAAUCCGCACCAAGAAGAUAUUUCGCUGCUAUACCAAUGCAUCAUGCACCUUUGCAUCUUCACGUUUCGACUCUCGAAGCUGUCUCUCCCAUUGCUCUCUGUACAAGCAGUCGAAACAUUUCAUGGGCCACAGUUGGUGAGACGUACUUCGGAUGACUGCAGCUAGAUUGGCACCCACCCAGGUUUCAGAGGACUUGUCAUGCAGAGCUUAGUCGGUUGGCCGCAUGGCUACCACAAACAUGAUUCUUCUACCCAGGAAACCGUGAGCGUGACCCGGGCAUGCGGUACGACACAGUGCCUUCGAACUAGGGUACCAGCAGUCCCAGGCACCUAGGUGCCAGGCAAAUCCGGCGGCUGUCCUAUCAUAUGAGUGUCCACCGAUCUCCGCGGCAGACAUCCUCCUCUACCCUCCGCAGCACCCAUGCAAUGCGAGUUUGAUUCCGUGCCUACGGUGUCAGCGGCUGUCUCGAGUCCACUGACUUGCAGGUACAUGGUGGUGUGUAUUCCGAUGAUUGUCGUGGCACAGCAGCCGUCGAAAGUGCUCUUUUUCCGUACGGUACAAGCAUUGGUCACCGUGUACGAGGAUGGAGGACAUGAGACUUUGGCCUUACCCGCAGCUCAAUCCGGAAGGAAGUCGGAUUCGUGGCAUGAUUGAAUUAUUCGUCUAUAAAUCAGGAGGACUGUCCUGGCGACGAACCUCACCAAGAGCUAUGUGGUAAGGGCAAGUUCUACUAUAUGGGAAAAUGUCGGGGCCCAGAUUGGCCGGCUCACCGUCGAGAUCCGUUUGGGCAAGAGCUAUUUGUCCAUCUUUUCUGCAGAACCGACUGUUUGGUGCCUUAAUAAGUUUGCAUGGUCCAUCGCACACACAUGGCGACUGUGCAUGGCAAAUAGAGGAGCUUACGAAUAAUUCAAAGUGGGUGAGGAUAGCAGGCGCCGAUUUCAUUCUCAACCAUGUGGCUGCAAAUGUGCACUUAUGCUCUUCCGCUGCGUGUUUGCGGCAGUAUGGUGAAGUCUUUUUUGGGCUCAGCGGCAUGGUCACCCUCAAUCUUGCUGGCUGGACCAUGUUGCCCUUUCGUCAACGGUUUGGUCCAACUUUGGUACAGAAUCUCGCGCAAACUCCCGGUCAUGUGACGGUGCCCCGGCUGCGGAUGCGACCGACAGCCGAUAUCAAACAGAUGCAGGGAACAUGGUCUCAAACAUAUACCUACAAUAUACUUGUAGAUACGUGGUUGAAGCCUUGUCUCUGGCCACGCCUUGAGUCGAGUCUUUUAGUUGACCUUCAGAUGCUUACUUACCUUUUGUAUUCGCCCUGAGGCUCCUCGCCGUAUCGAAUUUCUCGGGCUAUAAAUUGAGUGUUUUUCCAGCUGCCAGGGUGGUUUGAAUACGGUGGCCAUUGCCGGGGAUGUGGAACAAACUGAUUUUCCCAGACAUCGAGGCUCUACAGUUGUAGAGUGUUCACAACCUUAGCACUGCAUGGCACACGUUCAAUAGGAUCACGUUGUAUGUCUUAGUAGAAGAUGCUUCGCCGCGAGCAAAUAUAUCCGGGGCAUAUUGAACCCUACAAGUUACUGGUAG